AUGAAUCUAUUCCAAUUCCGUGAUGCCGUCUUCAAGAGGGACUAUGGUAACCCCUACCUCUCGCCGCGCGGUGCGCAGGCUAUGGCCGUGAGUGUCAUUUUCACGACGCUUGCUUCAUGUUUCGUCGCACUGCGGAUGUAUACUCGUAACAGAAUUUUGCGUCGUGUCGAAGCCAGUGACUGGGUGGUCGUUAUCGCCUUGGUCAAUUCAUACGUCUUCAUGGGCCUAGACAUAGCUGAGGCUACAAACGGCAUGGGAAUGCACCUCAAGGACAUCCCACCCAUGGUCCUCGAGCGGCAGUUCAAGGCCUUCUGGCUCACCAUCCCCUUCUACAAUGCCGCCGUUCUUUGCGCCAAAGCCUCAAUCCUAUUGCAAUACUUCCGAGUAUUCCCCACGCACCGCAUGCGUAUCAUCUGUUGGAUCAUGAUCACUGUCCUUGCGGUCUACGGCACUUGGUGUGUGAUUAGUGCAUUCCUGAACUGCAUCCCUAUCGCCAAGUUCUGGAACCCCACCAUCGAGGGCUUCUGUUUGAGCAAGCCCGGCCUGUGGUUCUCCAAUGCGGGCAUGCACAUCACCACCGAUCUUGUCAUUCUGAUCAUCCCAAUCCCAGCCUUGAUCGCAAUCGAUAUCCCCAAGAAGCAGAAGUUCGCCUUGAUUUUCAUGUUCGCUGUCGGUGGAUUUGUUUGCAUUACCAGUAUCGUCCGCCUGAUCAGCUUGAAGAAGAUCGCCGACUCGACCGAUCCUACCUACGACAAUGUCGGCGCCGCCUCAUGGUCCGCGAUUGAAUGCAACACGGGCAUCAUCUGCGCGUGUCUCCCGACCCUCAAACCCCUCAUAACCCGCAUCUUGCCCGGCCUGAUGUCCUCCUUCAGCGGCAACCGUCCCACCUACGGCAGUGGCCAAAUGUCUACCCAGCGCUCAGGCCACUGGGACGAGUCGACUAUCGGCGCCCCAGGUGACGACCCCGAAGUCGUUGGCGCAGGUGACCCGGAGCGUGUGCUGGCCCUAGUUCCUGGAAAAGGCCUCAGAAACUCUGUGCAAUCGGAGAAGAACCAAAUUACCAAGACUACGUCUGUCACUGAAAUCUCGGAGUAUCAGCGCCAGCACUCGGAAUCUGAGUCGUCAUCUUCACCGCGCCGUUAA